AUGGCCUCUAAAUCAUUCCUCACAAGAUCAUCGUUACUUUUACUGUUUAUUGCUGUCUUUUUGAUCGCAUCCAUACAUGCGCAAGUCCAUGUCCAUGAAGAUGGCACAGUUCAUGACCAUGCUGAUGGUGCAUCGAACCAUACUCAUGCAGAGCCUGGAAAUACAGCCAUUGCUGACAGUCAUGACCACGAUCAUGACCACGAUCAUGACCACGACCACACACACGCAGAAGGCGAGGUCGCUCAUGACCAUGCUGCUGAAGCUGCAGGAGCUGUCCACGAUCACUCUGCUGAAGGAGAAGCUGCUCACGAUCACUCUGCUGAAGGAGAAGCUGCUCACGAUCAUGCAGGACAUUCACAUGGUAUCUCUUGCAAUAUGGAGCCCAUUGAAAACUACAACAUGCCUUUGAGAAUCGGCUCCGUGUUUAUUAUUAUGAUUACUUCUGCAGUGGGUAUUUUUGCUCCUAUUAUUCUCUAUCGUAUUAGCCCAUACAAGGAAGGCUCUGUUCGUGAUUGGGCCCUUACUGCUGGUAAAUUCUUCGGUACAGGUGUUAUCAUUGCUACUGCUUUCAUUCACAUGCUUCCUGAAGCUCUUGAACACUUUGAUUCUGAAUGUCUUGGUGAAGGCUGGCACUCUUAUCACGCUUUCGGUGGUCUCUUUUGUAUGAUUGCUUCAUUCGCUCUUCAAAUCAUUGAAUUGGCUGCCAUCUCAAACUUGGAUGCCAUCGCUCAGAAGAAUGCUGACGCUGCUAAUGCUGCUGCCACUGCUGCUGGUGCUGGUGCUGACUAUUAUGUUACUAAUUCAAUCAAGAACAGCAAUAACGGGGAGUAUGUUGACGGCAAAAUUAACGAAAAGAGCCUUGCUGAUCCUUCAAGUAACAUAAGUCAUGUUGAGAGAAGUCAUCACGAGCACAAUCACACUGGUAUCAACGAAGACGGACAUGUUCACUCGGCUGGUUUCCUUGAACAUGAGCAAUCAAUUCGCAACAUCGGUACAUUCAUUUUGGAGCUCGGUAUUGUCAUGCACUCUAUCAUUAUUGGUAUUACUUUGGGUGUCUCUGAAAGCACAGCCUUCCAAACCUUACUCAUCGCCUUGGUGUUCCAUCAGUUCUUUGAGGGUAUCGCUCUUGGUACCCGUAUCAACGAUCUCAAAUGCAAGACUUGGACAAAGCCUAUUCUUAUGGGCCUAUUGUUCAUCUGUAUGACUCCUAUUGGUGUUGGUAUUGGUAUUGGUAUCAGAUCAUCUAUCAAUCCUCCUGCUGCUAUCCUUGCUCAAGCUAUUUUGGACUCUCUUUCUGCUGGUAUCUUGUUGUACAAUGCCUACGUGUCUCUCAUGAGCAUCGAAAUUAACCAUAAUGUUGGAUUCCGCAAGUCCUCUUUAAGCCGUAAGGUCUUUUGCUUCUUAUGCAUGUACGUUGGUGCUGCUCUCAUGUCUGUGCUUGGUGCCUGGGCUUAA